CAAAGUGGCUUACCAAAUGGCUGGAAGCCCUGGAUUCAUUCGAAUUUGGGCCGUUGGAAGAAGCUGUCACAAUGCCUUCAAUCAACAUAGUUACAGUCGUUGUAAUAUUCUGCUACUUGCUAUCGCUUGCAGCCAGUCAUGGCCCGCCUAAAGAGCGAGAUCAAGAAGACAUCGCCAUGGGAAAAAAGCACGGUGCCAAGUGGUGCAGCAUGGCAAAGGUGUGCAACCACGACCGCGUGCCGGUGUGCGGCGUCAGCCACGCUGGAGACAUCAUCGGCUUCCGCGACCUCUGCGACAUGUUCGACUUCAACUGCAUCAGGAAGCGGAACUACAAGCAAACUAGCUGUCCUGCUGACAGGAACUUCCUGACCGCAUCCAGAAAGCCCACCAACAUUUAUUACGAUGAAUAACAUUAUUUCAAUCUAAUAUUUAUAUUUAUAAUUUUUAUAUCUGGUUAGUGUACUUUGAAAAUUUAUACUGCAACAUGUCGUACUUUUAUUUGAAAUUAAAUUAUUACAUAAUAAACUA